CUGGUCACCAUCUCGCUGUGGUUCAUGGCCUGGACCCCGUAUCUGGUCAUCAACUUCACCGGAAUCUUCAAGGCGGCACCCAUCAGCCCGCUGGCCACCAUCUGGGGAUCGCUGUUCGCGAAGGCAAACGCAGUCUACAACCCGAUUGUGUACGGUAUCAGCCAUCCGAAGUACCGUGCGGCGCUGUACCAGAAGUUCCCGUCUCUGUCGUGCCAGGAUUCAUCACCUUCAGACGAUGGACAAUCGGUUGCCUCCGGUGCCACUCAGGCCACCGAAGAGAAAGCUUAAGGCUGCGAUGUUUGAACAGUAGAUUGUUUUAUAGAGCAAAGAAUAAAUGCAAGAUGAAAAUA